GCAUCUACAGUAUUGAUGGGUCAGAGGUCAAAAUCUUCUCAUCUCUUGGUAAUGAUGAACCCAAAGGACCGCCAUCCUGCCCCCCACCCCCAGGGGGCCUUCAGUGGGACCGCGGGGAAGGAGGUGAACACAGCCUCGCUGUGUCGUAUCGGACAGGAGACGGUACAGGAGAUCGUCUCCAAGACUCAGGAAGUCUUCGGGCUGCUCAAGACGUGGCAGCUGCCCAAUGGAGUGAACCCUAACAUCCACCAGGAGAGACAGACUAAGCUGCAGGACCUGGUCAGACAGCGCUGGUUCCGUACGUGGAACAUCUAGAAGGGAAACACGAGGACUCGGAAAGCGACUCUGUCCGAUAUGUUAAUGAGGAAAGAAGGGACGUGGUGGAGAAAGUUAAGCAGAAGAACCAACAGUUGAAGGUGUUGAUGGACCAGCUGAGAGAGCUGAUCUGGGAUGUGAAUGCCAUGAUGGUGGCCAACAGUGCACGCUCUGCUGUCAGAUAGAACAACCUACCACAUGUGCUGUUAGAUAGAACAUACCAGGGUUCUCCCUAGUGCGUAUUUCAAUUUUUUUAAGGGGCUACUACGCUCUAAUUUGGGACCGCCAUACUAAAUGAGAACCACUACGCUAGUUCUCAAGUAGCGUAAUGAUAUUUUGCUAGAGUAACAAUACUUGAUUAAAAAUGAAAAA